GAGUCCUCCCGGCUCGCCCGAGCUCGCCUGCUUGCUUGCUUGCUUGCUGCUCGCCUGCAAGCCGGCAGGGAGGGGGGAAUUGCAAUCCUUGGCAUCCAGGGUUUUCCGUCCUUGCAAGGAUCCCAAUCCCCUUGAAGCUGGCGGGGGCCAUGGUGCACGUCCAGAAAGGCCAGCUGAGCGCGGAGGAGCAGGAGUUGCUGGAAGUCAUCGGGAAAGGAACUGUUCAAGAAGUUGGGACACUCUUAGCCAACAAGGAUGUUCGUGUCAACUGUUUAGAUGAGAAUGGAAUGACACCUCUAAUGCAUGCUGCAUAUAAAGGAAAACUGGAUAUGUGCAAAUUACUUUUGCGACAUGGAGCAGAUGUAAACUGUCAUCAGCAUGAACAUGGAUAUACUACACUCAUGUUUGCUGCACUGUCGGGUAACAAAGAUAUCACGUGGGCAAUGUUGGAAGCUGGUGCUGAGACAGAUGUUGUCAACUCUGUGGGAAGAACAGCUGCUCAAAUGGCAGCCUUCGUGGGUCAACAUGAUUGUGUCACCAUAAUCAACAACUUUUUUCCUCGAGAGAGACUGGAUUAUUACACUAAACCCCAGGGGCUGGACAAAGAGCCAAAAUUGCCCCCCAAAUUGGCAGGUCCUCUGCACAAGAUUAUUACCACAACAAAUCUUCAUCCUGUCAAGAUUGUGAUGCUUAUAAAUGAGAAUCCUCUGCUGGCAGAAGAAGUAGCUCUGAACAAAUGCUACAAGGUGAUGGACUUGAUUUGUGAGAAAUGUAUGAAGCAAAGAGAUAUGAACGAAGUAUUGGCUAUGAAAAUGCAUUACAUCAGCUGUAUCUUUCAAAAAUGUAUUAACUUCAUGAAAGAUGGAGAAAACAAACUGGACACUUUGAUCAAAGGCUUGUUAAAAGGUCGCCCUUCUGAUGGUUUUCCAGUGUAUCAGGAAAAGGUCAUAAGAGAGAGUAUCAGAAAAUUCCCCUACUGUGAAGCCACACUCCUCCAGCAGCUGGUGAGGAGCAUUGCUCCUGUUGAAAUUGGUUCUGAGCCCACCGCAUUCUCUGUGCUUACUCAGGCCAUCACGGGGCAAGUGGGUUUUGUGGAUGUUGAAUUUUGCACCACAUGUGGAGAAAAGGGAGCAAGUAAAAGAUGCUCGGUCUGCAAAAUGGUAAUAUAUUGUGAUCAGACCUGCCAGAAAACCCACUGGUUUACACAUAAGAAAAUCUGUAAGAACCUCAAGGACAUUUAUGAGAAACAGCAACUGGAGGCUGCCAAAGAAGAGAGUGAAGAGAGUAAUAACAAAUUUGACAUCAAUUCCAACUGUGUUACUGAAGAGCAGCCAGAAGCCGAUAAAGUCGCCUUGCAAGAGGAUUGCAAUAUCAAACAUUCCACGGAAGGAUCGGAAGAGUCUCUUCAAAAGCCAUCUAUGUUGGAAAACAUAGCAAAUCCACCUGUGGGACCACAGGCAGCUGAGGAGUAAAAACAGGAGCAAGAAACAGCAUGAAUGGUCCUCGGGGCAGGUAGCUGGGAAAACAGUAUGACUGUGCCCUCAUUGU